CCCAGUUGAAUCUACGCUAGCUCGCGUCUCUUUGUCUGAAGCAAUCGGCUCUGAACACAAACUGGCAGUGGCAACUGCAAGUUAAGUGUUAACCAAAGAUUAGAUUAAUAGAAAAGCCGAACAGAAUCCAAAAUAAUAAAUUUAACAUUACAUUUACUCCCCAAAUAUCCAAUCCAAUAGAUAAGAACAAUCUACUUGUUUCCAUCUUCUCCUUUCCUCAAAUCCCAAGUAACCACAAACCGAUCAAACUCUUCAUUCUUCACUUUUCUUUAGUAAUCUCACCACUUCUCCAAGUUUCCUACAAUGGACAAACCCUUAUCCGUUAAUCGCUUUCGUUACCAUUUUUCCAUCGCCAGACUUGUCUUCUGGACCUGCAUUUUCCUUGGCCUUAUCCUCCUCUUCUUCUUCCACUCCCCUCAUUCUUCUUCUUCUUCUUCAACCUCUGAUUCUGCCCCUCGCCGGAUUCUGGCCGAUCCCGAUUGGGAAAGCCGGGUGAUCAAAUCGGGAAAGCCCAGGUCUCGAGCUGGCGGCCUUAGAGUUCUUGUCACUGGGGCAGCUGGAUUCGUUGGCACCCAUGUCUGCGCUACAUUGCGCCGCCGUGGGGACGGCGUUGUUGGCCUUGACAACUUUAAUGCCUACUAUGACCCUGCUUUGAAACAAGCCCGUCGCUCCCUUUUGGAACGGGCAGACGUGUUUGUUGUGAAAGGGGACAUCAACAACCCUACUCUGUUAAGCAAGCUCUUUGAAUUGGUUCAAUUCACUCACGUAAUGCACCUUGCAGCCCAAGCGGGGGUCCGUUACGCAAUGAAAAACCCUUCAUCAUAUGUUCACAGCAAUAUCGCUGGGUUUGUUAAUCUACUAGAGGUCUGCAAGUCAGCGAAUCCCCAGCCUGCAAUUGUUUGGGCGUCUUCCAGCUCUGUCUAUGGACUCAAUACUAAAGUUCCCUUCUCUGAAAAAGAUCGAACGGAUAAGCCGUCGAGUCUAUAUGCUGCUACCAAGAAGGCUGGUGAGGAAAUUGCACACACUUAUAAUCAUAUCUACGGUUUAUCAAUCACUGGUUUGCGAUUCUUCACUGUUUAUGGUCCCUGGGGGCGACCAGAUAUGGCUUAUUUCUUUUUCACAAAGGAUAUAUUGAAAGGAAAGCCAAUAACGAUUUUUGAGGGGCCUGAUCAUUUCUCAGUGGCAAGAGAUUUUACCUACAUUGAUGAUAUAGUGAAGGGUUGCUUGGGUGCAUUAGAUACUGCAAAGAAAAGCACAGGGAGUGGUGGGGUUAAGAAGGGACCUGCCCAAUUGAGAGUGUUUAACCUUGGAAACACUUCACCUGUGCCGGUUAGCAAGCUUGUGAAUAUAUUGGAGAAGCUGUUGAAGGUUAAGGCCAAGAAAAUUGUGCUGCCAAUGCCUGCAAAUGGUGAUGUGUUGUUUACUCAUGCGAAUAUCAGCUUGGCACAGAGGGAGCUUGGGUAUAAGCCAACCACUGAUUUGCAAACGGGAUUGAAGAAAUUUGUGCGGUGGUAUCUGAAUUUCUACACACGGACGGGGAAGACAAGUAAUGUGUAAAUGUUUAUGGAUCUGUUGUAGGAAAUUUGAAUCUAUAUUUGAUUUGAUUCUUAUGAUAUCCCACUUUAUUAUUCAUUUAGCUAUGAUGGUGCUUGGACUA